UAGAUGUUGAAAACGUCAUCACCCAGCCUCUGUAGCUUUAGCCUAAAAUUAGCUUGAUGUCAAAAUUGUAGAGACCUUAUACUUAAUCGCGUGUUUAUUCUUUUCCAACCGACAGUCUAAGUAAGGGGGGUUAAUUUUUGAUGCUCCGUAUCAAAACAGUGCCAAAAAUGUACAUAAAAGCCUUAUUCAGAUGCAGAGACAUGCUGAAAGGAGAACUUAUCGAGUGAAUGCUGGCUAGCCUAGUCCAAGCUAGCUGAAGAACAGGGGCCGAAAACACGUAGCGAAGGUGAAGCUUGUUAACCCGAGCCUGGCUUGUUUGUCGUACCUGUCGUAAACACAAGAACAGAAACGCAUUGAAACAACUCCAGUCCUUUCUGUCAAAGUAGCCGUGGAUCUGUCUAUGGUAAAGCAAUGGGUGCAUUCCUAGACAAACCCAAAACGGAAAAGCAUAACUCGCACGGUGAAGGAAACGGUGUGCGCUAUGGGCUGAGCUCCAUGCAGGGCUGGCGGGUGGAGAUGGAGGACGCUCAUACAGCUGUGCUGGGGCUUCAGACCCCCGGUAUGACUGACUGGUCUUUUUUUGCUGUGUACGACGGUCAUGCGGGAUCAAAGGUUGCCAACUACUGCUCUAAGCACCUUCUGGAACACAUAAUCACUAGUAGCUUAGGAGAUGGAGGUACACAGGGCUCUGAGGCAGGAUCAGAAAGCUCUGGUGGUGAAAUUCCAGCCCCAUGUCCUCCUGCAGUGGAGGCAGUGAAAGCCGGGAUCCGUACAGGCUUCUUGAGGAUUGACGAGCACAUGCGCAGCUUCACAGACCUUCGGAACGGCAUGGAUCGCAGUGGAUCCACCGCUGUGGGAAUUCUUCUAUCACCUGAUCACUUCUUCUUCAUCAACUGUGGGGAUUCUCGAGCUGUUCUGUACCGCAAUUCCCAGGUGUGCUUCUCUACACUCGACCACAAGCCUUGCAACCCACGUGAGAGGGAGCGAAUCCAGAAUGCAGGGGGCUCAGUGAUGAUCCAGAGAGUUAAUGGGUCACUGGCUGUGUCGAGAGCCUUGGGGGACUAUGAUUACAAGUGUGUGGACGGCAAAGGGCCCACAGAGCAGCUGGUCAGCCCUGAACCCGAGGUGUUUGUUAUGGUUCGGGCACCUGAACAGGAUCAAUUUGUGAUUCUUGCUUGUGACGGAAUCUGGGAUGUCAUGUCCAAUGAGGACUUGUGUGAGUUUGUGAAAUCUCGCCUUGAGGUGUGUGAUGACCUGGAGAAAGUCUGCAAUGAGGUGGUGGACACGUGCCUUCACAAGGGAAGUCGGGACAACAUGAGUAUUGUGUUGGUGUGUUUGCCCAACGGUCCCAAAGUAUCAGAGGAAGCUGUGAAGAAAGAUGCUGAGCUCAACAAAUAUUUAGAAACACGAGUGGAAGAGAUGCUGUCUCGGCCCGGAGAUGAGGGCUUACCAGACAUCGUGACAGUGAUGAGGAACCUGUCCACCGACAGUGGAAUGCCCCCCCUACCACCAGGGGGUGGUCUCGCCAGCAAACGCAGUGUUAUUGAAGCAGUAUACAACCGUCUGAUCCCAUACAAGGAGGAAGAUGGACCCUCCUGUUUCAUUUGAGUGGAGCAGAUGUGGAGUGUCCCUGGUAGCUGUCCAGCACAACCCCACCCCCAAAAGACCAGGACCACUAAUCCACACAAGUUCACACCCAUUCGCAUAUUUUAAUAUCACUGGGAUUUCUUUCUUUUUUUCUAUUAUUGUUUUAUUUUCUCUCCCCACUCAGAGGUUAUUCCAAGCUAAAAUUUUGCUUUUAAAAAAAUAAUCACCUCAAGUGGACGAAAUGAGGACUGCAAAAACAACAGAUUUUUUUUUUUUUUUUUUGUUUUAAUGAACAAACGCGGAGGAGAAAAAGCUGCACUACAGAACUGCUUACAGUACAAACAUAAAGACAGAAGCAGAAAAGCACAGUUUUUCUUGCUUUUUUGUUGUGGAUUAUUAAAGACACUGUGUGAAGCUCUGCUCUUACGGCUUUGAGACUUUAGGGUGCCUUUCAGACCUGAGAGAGGGCCAUCGGCUGCCAUUACUGAAAACCAGCCAAGGACUUCUGUGAGGCCUGGAAAAGACGAAAAUAGUUUGUGGCAUUAAUUGUUUUCAAGCUUAAAGUUUACUAACUACAAGCGGGAGGCUAUCGACCACACAAGCAUGAAACUCCCCACAUAGGCUGCACUGUCAAGUUGGGUUUCAGGGUGUUUUGGCAUUACUGGGACUCCAAGAGUGCUGCGUUUCAUCCACUUGUGCACACGGGCCUCUGGAGAACGCCUUACAGCUCGCAGCUCUGAGGCCUGAGCAGCCUGGAAUCCACACGGAGACACGGGGCAGACGUUUGAGUCCUUAAGGCUGGCUCCCCCUCAUUCCUGAAUUCAAACAGGAGGGGCACCUCACUGCAGCUUCUUCUUCUCUUUUUAAUGGACUGAACAGGUUUUUGUUUUGUUUUUUUUGCCUCUCUAUCCUUUUGCCUCUCUGCUCUCUGCCUUCUCUAUAACAGAAAAGACUGCAGUCAUUGACAUACGCAGAAGGUGUCAGUAUCAUAAGCUUUUGAGCCUGCUGUUAAGAUCUAGAGAAAAAUUAUAUAUGAAAUACAUAAAUAUAUAUAGAUAGAUAUAUUAUAUUUUGAUUUGUUUGUUUUAGUAAAUUCCCAGCCAUUGUAUUGAUGUGGCCUAACAUGCGUGCGGUCAGUGUGAGUGUUUUGGUGUGCACACAUGCGUAUAAGAAUAAUAGAAAACGGCAUGUGCACACGUCCUGACAGAGCAGCGUUCCAAAGACGGGGUGUGAGGGUCAAGGAAUUUCAAACUCACCUUCCUCCUCUUGACCUGGUUUCCUCAACACACACACACACACACACACACACACACACACACAGUCCUGCUCGUGCUACAGCCUGCCUUUUCCAGCUUGCAUUCUGUCUGCUUAAAUAAUGCCUAUUUUCAGGAAAGAAAAGUGUGAUGUACCUUUUAUUUUCAUUGUUUUAAAUAGGGUGGAAUAUAUACAUUGCUUUUGUAAGUAAUACCAAUGUGAUCCUGUUACAAAUGGUCAUGACUGAUGAGGGGAACAGAAAUGUACUUUGUGGAGCAAAUUGGGAGAAAAAAUUUUUUUUUGUGCCUUUCAAAGGCGUUUGUAGACGCAAAGGAGUGAAACUGUGGCAGAAAGAACACAAACUACACCUGGAGUCGUGCUCCCUACGAUUGCUGUUUUUAGUUUUUUCCACAACAUACUUUAUGGACUUGCAUGGAUAAGCACUAAACUUAUAAAUAUCUGAAAAAAGCAACAACAGCUACCUUUGUUCAGCAGAUGUAUGCAGCCACAGCUAGAUAAGUGCAUACUUUUUGUAGAACUUUUAGCUUGAUUUAACACGUUUGAAAAAGUUCAAAUGUAAAAUACACUUUGAAAUCGUCUAGAGACUUAAUUCAGCCCGCCUCCUGAAGUGGCAGUAUUGAAAGAAACCAGGUCCAACAGAGAUUGCUAGCUGAUUCAUGUUCUUGUUUGUGGUACACUUUCUCUUGGUGCCAUAUGACAAAUAGGUACUUGAAUGUGUAGUUAUUUUGCUUUUUUCUUCUUCUUCUAUUGAUACUUUUUUUGCGGUGGAGGGAGGGUGGGUUCUUCUGCAGCCGGUGGUUUGUGAUCGAGGGAGGAGUGUUUUUAUUCUGUGAGAUGCACUGGGGGACUGGAAUGAUGUUCAGUGUGGUGGAACACAAUGUUGGAGAGGAACGGCCGAGAAGAAAGACACCUUCAUCAAAUGUUUUUUAAUGUUAUUGAGUUGAGUUUACUUACUUAAAUAGUGGUUUCCAGAUACAAUUCAAGAUUAUUUUCUGAUUUUUUUAUUUUAUUUUUUAGACAUUGUGAGGUUUUUACCACAUUGAACAUAUAGGUUGGUAUUUAAGCUAUAUGAAACACUGGGAAAGGUGAAGAUUUACGGGAGGGAAGAAGCCUUUUAUUUGUCGGAAUGUAAUUCGAAAUGACUCACACUGAUUCCAAUGCAUAGACUGAUCACAAGCAGAACUGCCGCGUCACAUUCUCUCAUCAGUCAUCUAAUGACAAAACAAGCUCUUAUGGGUUCCUUUGUUUUGAGGAAAAACAACAAAUUCAUUGCUAUAAAUGUGGAAUUUGUUGUCAAAGCUUACCUAGAGAAACAUCAAGUUGUUUUGAGUGACGUCUGAACAAUUUCACCUUGAUUUGUGGCUAUGAAAGGUUGAGUAAAGAGAGUUCUAAAAAACCAAUGGUGUGAUGGACCGGUCAGUUAUUCUGGGACAGCUGGUUCGAUGAGGAAACCAGAAAGGAAGAAUUUUGACAACACAAGAUGGAAACAUCUCUUGUAAUCCUUUAAGAAUAAAAAGAAAUAUUUCUAAUUUA